GAGACUUCUCUCUGUUUAAGCUAUCAAGUACUGACCUACCAGCUCUUGGCAUAGUUUUAAUUGCAUACUCUUUCUUAACUUCUUCAUCAAAAUUUCAAGCCGUUGCAUGCUGUUACCUGCUUUCAGGGCAAGUGAAACUGAAAACUUCAAACAAAAAUUAACAGUACGGCUUGGUAUUUCACUCUGUUCCAUUGAACCUCUGGGAUAAAACUCCCAAUCAUGUUCGAUCGGAUCCAGUUACUAAGGCUGUUGAUGUUUCUCUUUUUAACCCAAAGCUUUGGAGAAGCCCAACGGAUGACUCAAGAUGCUUUACUCAUGCAAUACAUUGAGAGACGAAUCAUGUUACUUGAGGACCGGCUAGAGAAAUGUAACCAAGACAUGAACAAGUAUGUCAGGGAGUUUAGAGACUUCCGGAAAGAAAUCACAGUCCGCUUGGACAGUUUGAAUAUUUACAAAACUGAGUUCAAGAACGAGAUGGAGAUUGUUGGAUCCAGAAUUGAGAGGAUUGAAAAAGAUAUUGAUUAUUUGGAGUCACUGCAACCAACUCAGCCAUGUGUGGAGGUCGAUGAAAAGUUGAUUGAAGAGCAAAUCCAGCAAGCAGAGGAGAAGAGAAAAGCCAAGCUUCAGAUGGCUGCAGAUUGCAACCUCUUGCUCGAUGGAAUCAAGUCAUUAAAAAUUGUUAAAAAAAUAGGUGAGUCCCAAGGUUCUUGGAUAAAGGACCCCGUCCGAGAUUUUCAGAAGGUUUAUUUCUUGAGUGGAACCAAUGGCAAUGUCCUCACUGAGUUUGGAGGCAUCAAGGCUUUCACAGAAAGCGCAAGCAGGAAAAUGGCUAAGAGAGUCACCCUCCCUUUUGCCUGGCAGGGGACGGGUCACAUAGUGUACAACGGCUACCUGUACUUCCACCGCAACGGCACCCUCAACCAGAUUGUCAAGUUCGACAUUCGUAAUGGGACAGUUAAAGACCGCAUGCUUCUGCAGGGGGCAGGCCGAGUGCCCGCCUACCAACUCUCACCAUACACCUUCAUUGACAUGGCUGUGGAUGAGCAGGGCCUCUGGACCAUCCAUGCUGAACCGGAUGAUAGUGGCGGCACCAUCAUCAUCACCAAGAUUGACCACGGCAGCUUGGCAGUGGAGCACUCCUGGGACACCUCCUGCUCCAGCAAGGGAGCUGAGGCGGCCUUUAUGAUCUGCGGCACCCUUUACGUUGUCUACAACACCCAUCAUGGCGGUCGCUCUCGUGUCCAGUGCCUCUAUGACGUCACUGAUGUGGUCACCAGUGCUGAUUUGCCAGUCCUGUACUUCCCCAAGCGCUAUGGCAAACAUUCCAUGAUCCAUUACAACCCCCGGGAACAUCAACUCUACGCCUGGGAUGAUGGCUAUCAGACAAUCUACAAACUCAUCACAAAAAAUAAACUGGAAAGUCGGCCCUCUUUCUAAUAAUUUUCAUCUUUUUAUCCUAAAAUGCCGACUAAUGGUUAUCAUACCUGCAACUUGAUCAGUAUAAUCCACCCAACCCCCAAACAGAAUGACUGGCUUUUAGUUUUAAUUCACUCAAAGCUUCUCUACCACUGACACAGCACAAGUCAUUAGGGUGAUGGAAUUCUCUCCAUUUGGCAAUGGGUGCAGCUCCAAUAGCACUCCAGAAACUUAAUGGCUUCAAGGACAUAGUACUUAUCUGAAAUCCCAAUAAAUUCCAUAAACAUUCAAUUGUUCCACAACCAGCACACAAUGUCAGGAGUGUGUACCCGUUACAAGAUACAGCAACCUGCCAAAAUUGUUUUGGCAAUACCUUUCAAACCUACAUCUUCUACCACCUAUAAAUACAAGAGCUGCAGAUAUUUGGGAACACCGCCCACCAGCAAGUUCCUCUCCGUCAGAUGUCAUUGGGACUUGGAAAUAUAUCACUGUACCUUCAAUAUUCUUUCCUUACAGCGCUGUCAGGGUACCUACACCAUAGGAACUCCACUGGUUCAAGAGAGCAGCUCACCUUCAAGGGUAAUUUUGGAACAUGGCUGGUAAUGUUCACUUCAUAAGUACAUUACUAAGAUAUUCUUAUGAAACAAAAUAGGACAGGUAAAACAAAACUGGAAAUGCUAAUAAUACACAGCAGAAUACACUGAUCAUAUCUGUAUGGAGACAAUGGUGGGUAUUGCAAAAUGUGAUCAGGAAACUACUCAAAUGUAGACAAGACUGUCCUUGCUGUUCAUAGACAUCAACAGAUCUUCUGUGCAUCACCUACAUUUCUGCAAGAGGCUAAUCUAAUCACCUACUAUAAUUUGUAACUGCUCUGUCUUCCAGAAAGGAUCAUCCAUGAGAAGACAAAAGGAGGAACAUCUUGGCCUCACAAUUCAUUAAAUUUAAAUUGUUUUGUCCCUUGGUUGUGCAUUUUCAACUCCAGAAUCAACAGCCAGAUAGUUGCUGCCUGUUGCAGAGAGGCAGCAAGUUUAGGUAUUUAUAUUGAAAGACUGUAAAAUGAUGAUGAGGAAUAGGCAGUAUUUAAGGUCAUGUCAACAUGAUAGUGAGAGGGAACUAUAAGAACAGAUUCUUGUUUAUGUCUGUUGCUCUUCCCUCUUCCAACUCCAUCACAUCCUCCCGAAAUCUUUCAGUUCCCUUAAGAGACAUUGCAGACCUUCCAGUUCCUGACCCUGACAAAGGUACAUUACACCAAAAAAUUGGCUCAUCUUUUCCUGUACAAGCUGCUUUUCAUUUUGUUUUAUGAUGAUUGAUUUUUCUUUGGAUCUACUUUUUCCCCACUUUAAAAUCUUGUGAAAUUGCUUCUCAUAAAGAUGAUGAAGUCUCCACCAUGUCUAAUAAGAGGUAAGCUUUAUACUAGACGAUUAAUGAUAAGCCUUUUCCAUCGCAAAUGAAUUAAAUUACAAAGGCAUCGCUUUUAAUAUGUUCAGUGCACAGGUUUUUUUUCAGGCAAUGUUAUAAGCUUUUAGCAUUUAAUUAAAAUGCAAUUAAUUUCACUGCUUGAUCAUCUCCACUCACCUUUUUAAAAAUUCGUCUGAUUUCAGGAAAAUUGAAAUGUCUAUAAAUCAGGGCUUCUCAACCAUUUUGCUUUGAUAGCCUCUCCCCAUAUUAUAAAAAUUCCUGUCCCCUGUUGUAACAUAAGUUUUUUUUUCUGUAUAAAAUUCAGUUGUACAAUUAAAUGUAUACAUUUGUCAUUAAAUUUGCUUUAUUUGCAUCUUCUCUGCUAUGUUGCAGCUUUUCCCCUUUUUGUGAUGACAUUCUCUUUUUCUCUCUGCACUCUGAAGAUAUUGUGUAGAAUAAUCUUUCCAAUUUGCAAGUUCUUUGUGGCUUAAGCAAGCAUUUUUUAAUGCAUAUACUGUGUAAACCUGCUGCUAGAUAGAAUUUCAGUUCCCAAAUGGUACAACAGACAAUAACAUGAUUGUAACUUUCCCACUCUUGUAAAUCCAGUCCUGAAAUUACACAGUCAAAAUGUACAUCAACAAUAUUUGCAUUAAUGACUUAGUCAAAAACAUCUUAUUUGCAGAUUCAUUGUAAAAAGCCUUGACCAGAGUUUUCCACACAAGCAGCACAUGCACACUCUGACUCCAAAAACGUAUAAACAAACCCAUCCAAAUAUUGGACUUUGGACAAUAAAAUAGUAAUGUAACUGGAAUAGUAAUCCAGAGGUCUAGACAAACGCUCUGGUCACAUGGGUACAAACCCAGUCCUCCUAGCAGCUGGUGGAAAGGAAAUCAUUCUGUUUUCUGAUCAAUGCACCUCUUGAUCCACAGCAAUGUGGUUGCCUCUGAAAUGGCCAAGCAAACUUCUUAAGGGCAAUAGGGAUGGUCAACAAAUGCUGGAUUUGCCACAUCCCAGGGAGAAAGUUUGAAAACUGCCAGCCAUGUAGCUCUGUCUCUGAGUCAGAAUUUUCUGGAUUCCAGCCUACUUCAGGGCUUGAUCCAAGCUGACACUUCAGUGCAGUACUGCAGGUAUGCUGUACUGUUGGAGAUACUGUCUCUUGAAGAGCCACUAAAUCAAAGCCCUGUCUGGCUUCUGAAGAGGAGAUGAAUUAUCCCAUGACAUGUUCAAUCGUCAUCACAAAAACAGAUUAUCUUGUCAUUAUCUCACUCUUAUGGGUUUACAGAGUGAAAAAGAGCAGCACGGUGGCUCAGUGGUUGGCGCUUCUGCCUCACAGCGCCAGGGACCUGGUUUCGAUUCCAUCUUUGGGCAACCAUCUGUGUGGA